AUGGUCUCUUCCUGCUCCCGCAGUCCCUGCACGGGGCAGGUUUUGGAGCAGCACACUGACGGGAGAUGGAAGGGUUGUAUCCAUGACAACCGGACAGGAAAUGACCGUGUGGGCUACUUCCCAUCCAACAUGGUGGAGGUGAUCAAGAGGGCAGGCCACACCCCCUCCCCACAGAGCCACACCCUCCUGUUGCGUAGACCCGCCCCCUCCCCUUGCCCUGCCCUCCCUGUCAACGGCCACGCCUCUCAUUUCUUUCCUCUUCCUACUUCUCCUGAAACUCACUCCUUCACUCAGACUCCUCUGUUCUCCUCCUUUGGCUAUGCUACACUUCCUCUCCCCCCCCUCCUCUCUUCCCCUCUGUCACCCCUGCCCCUCCCCUCUCCCCCUCCUCCCCCUGCCCCUCUUCUCUCCACGAAUCAGGAGCAGCACAGUCAGACAGGUACGAGGGGCUCCAGCCCCCCGGGCUCCCCCACACUGGGCCAGCAGGGCGGCAGCAUUGAGGACAUCUGGGUGCUGAGGAAGCCACUGGCAGGAGGAGACAGGAGUGGCAGUGUGGCCAGUAUAGGUAGUGUUCGUUCCACAGGCAGCAGCCAGGCCUCAGGGAACAUACAGACGAUCAACACGCCUCCCCCCAGCUCACACGCUAGCAACAUGCCUCCCCCUAGCUCACACGCAAGCAACAUACCUGGCCUCAACACACACGGGCUGAACGCUCCAGGUCUCCAUGCACAGGCAGAGGGAGUUAAGCUACUGGCUACUGUCUUGUCCCAGUCAGUGAAAGCCAAAGAGCAUCUACUGGAGCAGUCACGAUCAGUGGAGCAGUCAGCAGCCUCCUGUGCUCAAGAGCAGAGGUCAUUUGAACGGAAGGCAGAGGCAGAGGUGGCUGAUGGGAAGAACGAGGCAGUAGUGGCGUGGCUCAGUGAGUUUCAGCUGCAGUUCUACACCACCCACUUCCUCACGGCAGGAUAUGACCUCCACACCGUUAGCUGCAUGAGCCCUGAGGAUCUGACUGCUAUUGGAGUGACUAAGCCAGGACAUCGUAAGAAGCUGACAGCUGAGAUCAGCAAGUUGCCUUCCACAGAGUGGCUGCCAGAAUACCGACCUGGCAGCCUGGCAGACUGGCUGUCUCUAAUAGGUCUGCACCAGUACUACCAGGCUCUGGUCCAGAACGGCUAUGAGAACAUGGACUUUGUCUCUGAGCUCAGCUGGGACGACCUCCAGGAGAUCGGCAUCACCAAGCUGGGUCACCAGAAGAAGCUGAUGCUGGCAGUGAGGAGACUGAAGGACCUGCAGACUGGAGACCGUAGCUCCACCCCUCCUCCCUCUCGACCCACCCCCCUUGCCAGGCCCUGCCCAGAUACUGCCUCCCCCUCUCACACCCCCCCCCAGACCCCCACCAAGACCCAGUCCUCCUGCCCCAAAGCCAGGCCCCGCCCCUCCAUGCAGGCAUCUGAUUCGUCGGUCCGUGAUGGUGGUGUGUCUGUACCCUUGCUGCGCCUGCCUUCGGAGGAGGGGCGCUGCCUGAUUGGCUACUCCCUGGAGACUGAAGGCCUCCUGAUGCCUGACUCCGCCCCUAGAUACGUGUGCCGCAGCAGCUCCACCCAGAGCCCCGCCCCUAACGACGCCACCGUCAACCGCAGCCAAUCAUCCGUCACGCUGCGUCCACGACGCAAAGGCCGGCCCCCGACCCCGCCCAAGCGCUCCUGCUCCUCCAUCUCCGGUGGCGACGGGGAGGGGGAGGGGCUACUGGCGCUGCCGGCCUAUCGGGAGAGGCGGGCAAGCGACUGUGGAGGUCUGGCGGGGCGCAGGGAGGGGGGGGCGGGGCUGCAGCGCUCGGAGGGCGCAGGUGGCAGCGUCAGGAGCCUGGCGGCCAUGUUGGAAACAUCCAUGGGGAGCGGAGCCAAAACUCUGCCCAGGAACCUGGGGAGCCACAAUGCAACAUACCUGCAGGUGAGCCCAGCCCUGCUGCGGCGCCAGGCUGGGUCAGGUGGUCUGGGUUCUGAUGAAGACGACGUUCUGAACCGCCGCCGGACCAUCAGCGGCCCACUGACUCCUGACCCCACCCCCCAGAUCCUGUCUCCACAGCAACCUGCCCAGCCCCGCCCUGAGCCCCGCCCACGCUCCACGGUUGUCACGUCAACAGCAGAGAGCAUCACGGAUGGCAUGGCAACACUGCGCCGCAGACCACGCCCCGUCCCCUGCUCCGGUGGAGAGACAGACACCAUCCGGCGACGCCCACGAGGAUCUGACCAACCAGAGCCCGGCACACCUCCCAGCAGCCAACCAGAGCCAGAGCAAUCAGAGGCCGCCCAGCAAAGCCCCGCCACCCCACAGCAGAACGGGGGCGUGGUCAUGAGGCGGCGGCCGGCUACACAGGUGUCUGAUAGGCCGGAGCCGGCCAGGGAGAGCUGUGAGUGGAUGGAGAGCAGGAAGGCAUUGAGACCUACUGUCCCGUCCUCCACCCCCCCCCAGACGAGACAGGACCCCCCCACCCCCACCAGGACUGUCCCCCUGCCUGGCCCAGAGGCCCUGCCUAGCCCGGGGAUUAAGAGAGUCCCUCCCCCCGUCUCCCCCAAACCCGCCCCCCCCCCCACGGCCCCUAAACCAACCAAGGCAGCAGUCGCUUCGCUCACAGCCUCACCCAAACCCUCCUCUCCCAUCCCUGCUCCUCCAUCCCCCUCCCUGUCUCCUGGUCUCCCUCACGCCUCCCCCUUCCCUGCCCCUUCAUCCCCCUCCCCCGCACACACACCCUCCACCCCUGCCUCCACCCCUGGCUCUGCACACCACCCAGUCAAACCCCCCCGUUCCUCCAUUGCUGGCCUCUCCAUAGACCUGGCCAACCUGAGGGAGGGGGAGGAGAGGGAGGAGAGGGGGAAAGAGGAGAAGGAGAGGGAGGAGAGGAGCAGGGAGGAGGUGCAGAGGAGAGAAGAGAUGGAGACUGCAGCUUUUCAGGACAUGCAACACAAGAUCCAGGAUGAUGGACACCACGAUUGUCUGUCGCAGGACCAUGCUACGUUGCCAGGCAAUAUCCUGGACGACAUCGGCAGCAUGUUUGACGACCUGGCGGACCAACUGGAUGCCAUGCUGGACUAGGAGCCCCACUCCGUGACCCUGACCCCGGCAGGCCUGCCUGGUGGUCUGUAACUGUGCUGGAGAACUACAUCCUACACCUGUAUCCCUCAAUGACCUGGAGGCCACGCACACACAACUUCUGACCUCUAGAGCACAGCCAAUCACAGCUCAGCUGUGAGGACUGAAAAGCACAAGCAUCUUCCUUUUCCUCAUCUUCCUCCUUGAGAGGCUGUCGCACCCAUACACACACAAACACACAAUAAACCCAGAC